AUGGCGGCGGCGGCGGAGGAGCGGAUGGCUGAGGAAGGAGGCGGCGGCCACGUGGUGGCGCUGCCCAUCGUAGCCAUCGAGAACAUCCUCAGCUUCAUGUCCUACGACGAGAUUAGCCAGCUCCGCCUGGUUUGUAAAAGAAUGGACUUGGUCUGCCAGAGAAUGUUGAAUCAGGGAUUUCUAAAAGUGGAGAGGUACCAUAAUCUAUGCCAGAAACAAGUCAAAGCACAGCUCCCAAGGAGAGAGUCGGAAAGGAGAAACCAUUCAUUAGCUCGUCAUGCAGAUAUCCUUGCUGCCGUUGAAACCAGGCUUUCACUGUUAAAUAUGACUUUCAUGAAGUAUGUGGAUUCCAAUCUCUGCUGCUUCAUCCCAGGAAAGGUUAUUGAUGAGAUUUAUCGUGUGUUGAGAUAUGUCAAUUCUACCAGAGCCCCUCAGCGUGCUCAUGAAGUACUCCAAGAGUUAAGGGAUAUUUCCUCCAUGGCAAUGGAGUACUUUGAUGAAAAGAUUGUUCCAAUUCUAAAGAGGAAAUUACCAGGAUCAGAUGUGUCUGGAAGACUCAUGGGCUCACCUCCAGUUCCAGGACCUUCUGCAGCCCUAACAACAAUGCAGCUGUUCUCCAAGCAGAACCCUUCAAGACAAGAGGUUACCAAACUCCAGCAGCAGGUUAAGACGAACGGUGCUGGCGUGACUGUUCUCAGGCGUGAAAUUUCCGAGCUCCGCACCAAAGUGCAAGAACAACAGAAACAGCUCCAAGACCAGGACCAGAAACUGCUAGAGCAGACCCAGAUCAUAGGGGAGCAGAACGCACGGCUGGCGGAGCUGGAGCGCAAACUGCGAGAAGUGAUGGAGAGCGCAGUAGGAAACCCCUCAGGGUCUGGGCAGAGUGAAGUCUCGCCCCGGAAACGGAAAAAGGCAGCAGAAGCCAUAGACUCUCUUAGGAAAUCCAAACGUCUCCGGAACAGAAAGUAAAUUGGGAUGUGCUUCUGACUCCAGGGGAAGACCUGGCUUAGUGGCUUGAGCAGUGAUGCACGUCAGGAUACUGUGAGCGACAUGGUGUCCCUUAGGCUUCUAGGCUCUCAGAACACAACUUAAACUUGAACUUUCAUGGUUGGGCCAUUCUUUCCCCGCUUCUCCUGGUCGAACUGACGCACAGAAUCUUUUUACUUUGCAAUAGAUUUGUACUAACCAGACCUAUUCUAUCAUGUUUUGAGGAGUUCACUUUUUUUUCUGUGCAGCUCAUGUUUAAAGUAAGUUUAUUUGUUUCUGCAUAUAUGCACAUUACUUAAGGAUCUUAAACCAGUCUUGACAGACUAGAAGUUUAAUACAGAAAAUGUCCUGUUCACUUGAAAGAAAAGACCUACUUUUUAAAUGGACAAUAUCUUGUUUAAAAAAAAAAAGUUGACUUUUUGUUAUAAGUGACCUUUGUCUGGAAUGUCUGAAAAGUAGAAACUGCUUUUUGGUAUUGAAGUAAUGGGUAACUGAAACGGACUUCCAUAGUAUUGACUGUAGAAGGGGCCUCUACAGUAUCGACUAUAUUUUUAUAAACUACUGGCGAGGGAUUUAUCCAGUUAUAUCAUGUUUUCAGUUCUCUUUGGGGCCACGUCCUACAUUUGCAUGGAUGGAUGCAUGCAUUGCCUAGGCAACUCACUUAAAAAGCUCUUGCACUGGUAUUGAUCUUGAACCUCUACACUUCUCCACCUGUUAGAGCAGCGUCUUAGUUUAAGCACUUAAAAUCUUCCACCACAACAGCUGGCCUCUGCGGGGAGGGGUUGUGAGUCCAUUUGUCCUCCGGUUUACAGGAACGAGAGUAUUAAAGCCCAUUGCUUUAUCUGUUCUCUGUAGGGUUCAGGUACACUGGCUAAGGCAGAACCCCAAGCCCCAACGCUCUUUCUAUCCAUACAGACCUCUGGUAACUAGUACUUUUCCUUGCUCACUACUGUGUGCGCUCAUUGAUCGAGUGUGGUUACCAGUGGUGUGAGUGGGGGACCCAACCUGUGGGAUGCAGUUAUGCCAUUGAAAGAAAAUUCAUUGAAGAACACUGUACUACGAAAAAGCAUUUUGAUCAUUUUGUUUCUGGGGGAUGACCUGAGGGAAGUUUUUUAAUAUUAAUUUCAGGCUUUCCUUAUCCUCAACUUUAAACAAAAGCUUUAAUUUUGUUUGCACUCCUGUGUUGAGCUUGUAACUGGAAAAGCAUGUCUUGCACUGUUCAGCCUUCUAAGUGGUCACUUUAACAACCUCCAAAUUGUGUACAGUGGUUAUUUUCCCCAGCUGUAUAUUUUUGAGACACUCAGCUAUUACUGUUCUAGUCUUAUUUUAAUGUACUAAAUUAUGUUAUUAUUUGACUGUUCUUUUAAACUGUUGCCUUGGGCUUCAGUUAUUUAAAAUAAAUUUAGGUGUAAUGUAGAAAGCUGUCCCUUUCCAGGUGAGAGUUUGGUACCUGUAUAAAACCUAAGGUUUUGGUAAGUACCUUAGCUGAACAAAAGCACAAGGUUGUCACCCUUUUUUUAUCCGUCCAACACAACAUGGUUCUGCAUCCUUCAGAUUAACCUCACCAGAUGAACCUUUCUUACCCAUUUUUUAUAUUGUCCUUAGAGUUUGAUCAAUUCUAUGUCUAACUUCGAAACUCCAUUUACAAUGUAGUAUGUUUUCAAUGAAAAACUAUAAAGUAACAUCCAAGUGUUUCAUGGUCUGUUGAGAAGGUAAUUUUAAAAUAAACAAUUUCUAAAAAAGAUUUGUCAGCCAAGGUCAUCCAUAAAAGUCCCUGUCUGGAACUCACUCAGCAGAUCUCAUUUUUUGUAACCAUAGGAUUUAGCCAUAUUGUCAUAACUUUGGAGGAGGCCUACUGGAAUACUCAUGGCCUUUAAUAGUCUGCUUUCCUGGUAAUAGGAAGACUUUUCUAAGUAACAAAGUACAUGUUUACAGGUUUACAAAGUAUGAUCCUUAUGCAUCAAAGGGAUAUAACCUCAGAUGGUGUCUUUAAUAGUUGUUGAUGAAUUAUUUAAAGUUGCCUGGGUUUCUUUAUAAACUUUAUCAAGAUACCCUAAAUGUAUCUAUAGUCUUCCAUUAGUGAACAUGAGUAUUUGGCUUUCAUAACAAGCUUUCACACUAUUAGACAGUAGAUUUUGUUUCAGAAUCCAAUUUUCUACAGUAUACACUUGUAAUCACCUGUCCGUAAGGUUAAAGAGUUGCGAUUGUUAAUGCAUGAAUGUUCCAUAACAGUCGGAGAAUAAAGCACUACAGUUCUGUUGUUUGUUUUAAGUCUUAAAUCUUACUUAGACUCUAGCUAAAACAUGGUAGGGUAUUGCCUUGACCAAUUUGAAAGCUGUUAUACUUGCUUUUGGUUAGCAUAAUGGUAUUUAAGGUUCAACAAGUCACAAAUUAUUUUGAUCAGCUAAAACUGACAUAUGUUACAGGAAAAUUGUAAAUCAGCCUCCCAAGAGAGAACCGUCCUGCCCUGGAUCAUACG